CGCCAAGGAAGAAACCGGUGGCUUUCAUUUUGUGCUUCUGGAAGAAGAAGCGGAAAGUCCUUUCGAGGCCAAUGACGAAGGAAGCUAGUGACCACACCUCGGUGAAGACCACGAAAAAUGGAAGAUGCUCAGGAAGAGCUGGACUCUGUGGAGGCCGAGCUGGAGAUGGUGGAGGUGCAGGUCGCAGAACUCCUGCAAAAGCAGACUGAGCUCACGUCUCGUAAGAAUGCACUGCUGCGACAACUGGAAGGGGCAACGUCGUCAUCGUCAUCUGCCAAAUCUGCAAAGUCACCUGGAGCCAGUCCUUCCAUGAGCAAACAGGAAAUGCAGCGCUAUGACGGCACAGGUUUCCAGUGGUCUAAGUCGGUGGAGCAGAACCUGAAGGAUACGUUCCGUUUGUCCACCUUCAGACCGCUGCAGCUCCGAGCCAUCAACCUGACCAUGUCGGGACGAGAUCUGUUUCUCGUCAUGCCGACAGGAAGAGGGAAGAGUCUGUGCUACCAGCUUCCUGCCGUCUGCUCCAAGGGUUCAUCUCUGGUGGUGACGCCCUUAGUUUCACUGAUGGAGGAUCAGAUCAUGUACCUGAAGUCGAUCGAUGUGGCAGCGGUCAUGCUGAAUGCCUCCAGCAGCAGGGAGCACGCCAAGACCGUCAUGGCUGGAAUGACGGAGUCCAAGUGUCCGUUCAAGCUGCUCUACGUGACUCCGGAGAAGAUCGCCAAGAGCAAGCUGCUGAUGUCCCGUCUGGAGAAGGCCUACAAGGCCGACCAGCUGAGUCGCAUCACUGUGGACGAGGUCCACUGCUGCAGCCAAUGGGGACACGACUUCAGACCAGAUUAUAAGCUGCUGGGGAUCCUGAAGAGGCAGUUCCCAAAAGUUCCACUGAUCGGUCUCACGGCCACGGCAACCAGCAGCGUCCUGAAAGACUGUGAGAAGAUCCUGUGUGUGUCCCAGACCGUCACGCUCACCGCGUCCUUCAAUCGAACCAACCUGUACUACGAGGUUCGUAUUAAAGACUGUGACAACGAUGCGUCAAUAAAUGACAUCGCCUCUUUGAUAAAGACCAGAUACAAGGACCAGUCAGGGAUUGUGUACGUGUUUUCCCAGAAGGACGCAGAGGCCGUUGCAUCUGAGCUUCAGAAGAGAGACAUCUCUGCGUCCGCGUAUCACGCCAACAUGGAUCCUGAAGACAAAUCCCAGGUUCACCGCAAGUGGACCACCAACAAAAUCAGGGUAAUUGUUGCCACUGUGGCCUUCGGUAUGGGCAUCGACAAACCUGACGUCAGGUUCGUCGUCCAUCACACCAUCAGCAAAUCUAUUGAGAACUACUACCAAGAGAGUGGACGCGCAGGUCGGGACGGUCGCCCGGCGGACUGCAUCGUCUACUACGGUUUCUCAGACAUCUUCAGGAUCAGCACCAUGGUGGUGAUGGAGAACGUGGGCCAAAAGAAGCUGCUGACCAUGGUCGACUACUGUCAGAGCGUGGACAGGUGUCGCCGCUCCCUCAUGGCUGUUCAUUUCGAUGAGGUGUGGGACAACAAAGGCUGCGGCCAGAUGUGUGACACUUGUCGUCAUGCAAAUGAUUACGUCACUGUGGAUAUUACCCAGCAUGCCAGGCAGGUGGUGCAGAUCCUGGAACUGGCGGUGACCAACGAUGAGAAGCUGACUCCUCUGAAGCUGGUGGAGGCGUGGAUGGGCAAAGGCCCGGCCAAACGCAGGAAGAUGAUCCAGAUGACCUUGCUGUCCCGGCCGCAGGUGGAGGCCGUGAUCGUGCAGCUGCUGCUGAAGAGUUACCUCGGAGAGGACUUCAGCUUCACUCCGUACGCCACAUACUUCUACCUGAAGCUGGGACCAAAAGCUGCUCUGCUGAAGAACAACAGCCACUCAGUCAGUGUGAAGAUGAAGAGCACGGAGGGGAGGUCUGCCUCGGACACAUCAGCUGCUGAGGCUAACGACCCGGAGGUCGACCAAACCCCCGACCAUGUUGCCCUGGACAACGGCUGCCCCCCACAACUCAAACAGAAACAGUUAAAAGAACAGAAGAACAUGUCCAGGACGCACGGUAAAAACAAGGAACAAGAGCUCAAGCACGGGCCGGGAGGGUCGAGAGAAUCUGUCACCGCCGCUCAUGUGGUGGAAGUCGAUGUAGAAAUUAACACGGUGAACGACGACGGUGCGUCACGGCCGGUCCGACCCUGCUCUAAAAGAAAAUCCAACACGCCUCAGAAAGCCAGGAGGAACCCCUGCACCAACGUGGCUUUGGUGGACGCCCACAGAGGGGCGGGGUCUCUGUCCAGGGCCUCUCUCAUCUCGGACACUGCGGCCGAGGAGCUCUGUGAGCUGAGGAGCUACUACAGCAAACAGCUGAGGAGAAUCAACUACAUUUCCCAUGAGUGCCUGGCUCAGCCCGCGGCCUCUGGAGUGCUGGCCUGCAUCAGGGAGCCCCUCAGGAGCCUCAGGUUGCCCCGCAGGGUGACCAUCGCUCAGACGGCCCGAAGCCUGUGGACCCGUGUCAGCGGCAGACGGAAACUGCUGCACCGAUGACCGUCGUCGACUCACCGUUUCUGCUUUGACGUUCUGGGAGAUUUCUCUACCGACCUUUCUCGCCUCAGAACUGAGUCUUUGUUUUUUGUUUUUCACUUUUGAGUUUUUUGUUGUUCGCACUUUAAGCUAGUAUUUUUUCCUCACAAAAACCUCACUUUUGUUGUUAUAAAAAUAUAUAUAUAAAAAAUUUCACACAAUGAUUUCACUUUUAAAUUC